AUGGGUCUAGACUCACUUUUCGAAGGAUUUCCUCCAUUUCCUAUACCGGAAGCGGCACUACUACCGCCAAGUUUUCAACUUUGCAAUUACCACCCGGUGGAUCCUUCCUUUCAACCAGAAGCUUUUUUCCCAUCAAGUGCAAGCCAAAACCUUAUUCAGGAGAUAAAAAUGAAUAAAACUGAAGAAGAUCAGGAGAUUGAGACAGAAAAAAAGAACCUAAAAUGGAACGCGUUGAUUGACGAGUGUAAGCAAAUACUGAAAGAUGUUCCAAAAAUGGAUGACCUUUUACGAGAUGGUGGGAAUCAAGACGAUUUCUUGAUGGGUGUUAAACGAUCGGCAGCAAUUUUCAAUCGACGACAGGAAAUCUUUUUACUCUUAUUCGCCGAGCCAGCUAGCCUAGAAAAGGACAUGGUCCUGAAGCUAUUGUCUAAGGUGCGAAACAUGGAUGAAGGAAGCUUCCUUGGAAAGGCUUUGGCUGUCUUUGACUCCGAUCCUAACAACCCAAAAUUUGCGGCACUCCGGAAGAUUCGAGAGGAAAAAGAGAGGAGCAUGAAGGCACGAGAAAUGGAUGCCAAGAACUUGAUCCUUGCAUUCCAUCUUUCUAAUCUAGAAAUGGCGCAAAAGAACUGGCAACAAAAAGUGGAAAACACUCAACGAUCAUCCGAUACUCGCACAUUUCUCAUCAAUACCUCGGGAACAACGUUUUCAUAA